AUGUCGAACGUUUCUGAGCCGGAGUUUGAGCAGGCAUACAAAGAGCUGGCCUCUACCCUCGAGAACAGCUCUCUAUUUGAGAAGAACCCCGAGUACAAGAAAGCCCUCGAAGUCGCAGCCAUCCCCGAGCGUAUCAUCCAAUUCCGUGUUACCUGGGAGAACGACAAGGGCGAAUGCCAGGUGAACAGCGGAUACCGUGUUCAAUUCAACUCUGCAUUAGGACCAUACAAGGGCGGUCUGCGUUUCCACCCUUCUGUCAACCUCUCCAUCCUCAAGUUCUUGGGCUUCGAGCAGAUCUUCAAGAAUGCUCUCACCGGCCUCUCCAUGGGCGGUGGCAAGGGUGGUGCUGACUUUGACCCCAAGGGCAAGUCUGAUAACGAGAUCCGCAAGUUCUGCGUGGCGUUUAUGCGCGAAUUGAACAAGCACAUUGGCGCAGACACUGAUGUACCAGCUGGUGACAUUGGUGUCUCGCCACGUGAAAUCGGCUGGAUGUUUGGAACGUACCGUGCUGAGCGCAACAAGUGGGAGGGUGUCCUGACCGGCAAGGGCGGUGCAUGGGGUGGCAGCUUGAUCCGACCARAGGCUACCGGCUACGGUCUCAUCUACUACGUCCAGCACAUGAUCCAAUACGCAUCAGGUGGAAAGGAGUCCUUCGAAGGCAAGCGUGUUGCCAUUUCCGGAUCUGGCAACGUCGCCCAAUAUGCCGCUCUCAAGGCCAUCGAACUCGGCGCUACCAUCGUCUCUCUUUCCGACAGCAAGGGUGCCAUCAUCGCAAAGGAUGACAAGGGCAUCACGCCAGAGGUUGUCAACUACAUCGCCGAUCUCAAAGUCAAGAGAAAGGCGUUGACGGAGCUUUCGGAAUCUGCAGAGUACAAGGACAAGUUUGAUUACAAGGAGGGUGCCCGCCCUUGGGUCCACGUUGGCAAGGUCGACGUUGCUCUUCCUUGUGCGACCCAGAACGAAGUCUCAGGAGAGGAGGCUCAGGCUCUCGUCGACGCUGGUUGCCGCUUCACCGCCGAGGGCUCCAACAUGGGCUCCACCCAAGAUGCCAUUGACGUUUUUGAGAAAGCACGCAAGGAGAAGAAGGGUGAGGCGAUUUGGUAUGGACCUGGCAAGGCUGCCAACGCAGGAGGUGUUGCCGUCUCUGGUCUCGAGAUGGCACAAAACUCUGCCCGCCUGAAGUGGACUUCUGAUGAAGUGGAUCAAAAAUUGAAGGACAUUAUGGAAAACUGCUUCAAGAACUGCCUAGAGACGGCAAAGGAAUACGUUCAAACUUCUGACGGAGAGCUGCCAUCACUUGUUGCAGGAGCCAACAUUGCUGGGUUCAGCAAGGUUGCCGCUGCUAUGCGUGAUCAGGGUGACUGGUGGGCCAACUGA